UUCUGCCAACGAUGUUUUCCUGCUCCGGGGGGAGACGUGUUUGCUGAACUUUUCUAACAGUUUUGGGGGGCGGGCGGGGAGAACCUGAGGUAUUUUUUUUCCCCUUGUUCACCACCCCCCAGAGCAGGUUGGGGGGCAGCGAAGGAUCCGCACGCAGGGAGCGGGUCGCACGGACACGCGUCCUUCUGCAGGGAGAGGAAAACCCUCGCACCGGGGGGUCCCACCCUUGCACGGGAGGCUCCAACCCUCGCACCGGGGGAGCUCGCCGGCCGGCGGGGGCUCCCGCUGCGUGGAAAUGGCUCGGAUCGGAUGGGGCUUCCUCCUCCUCCUCGCUGCCUGCGCGCUUUUGUCACCGGCGCUGGCUGCCUCCGAGAAGGGCAGGCUGAGGAGGAUCACGUACGUGCUGCAGCCCGGCCGCGGGGGCUCCUCGGGCAGCCGGCACCAGCGGCUCGGGGAGCAGCGGGAGCAGCGCACGGUUAACCUGCAGCUGAAUGCGCGGUACAGCGGCAGCCCCGAGCGCACCCGGCGCACCAGCAAGCCGGGCGCCCAGCUCCGCCUGGCCCCCGCGGGGCAGCUGCACCCCAGCUCCGCCGCUUCUUCCUUCGCCAAGCCGGCACGCUUCGUCCCGCGGCACAAGCCGCCUCCGCCGAGCCCCCACGGCAACGGCUCCAGCCCGUCCCUCCGGCAGAAGCACCAGCCGCCGGGGGUCAAUGUCUGCGGGGGACAGUGCUGCCACGGCUGGAGCAAGGCCACGGGCUCCCAGAGGUGCAUCAAACCUAACUGUGCACCACCAUGCCAAAAUGGAGGGAUGUGCCUGCGACCUCAGCUUUGUGUGUGUAAACCAGGAACAAAGGGUAAUUCCUGUGAAGAUACAGUCAUGCAAGACACAUCUUCCACUGGAAGCCGGAGUCCUGUUGUUCCCCCGUGGCCCAUACCCCAGCAGGCUGCCCAGCAGACCUUCUCUCAGAAGGUGCAGACCCCAUCGAAGGUUGGCCCUAUGACUCAGAUGGCAUUCACCAUCAAGCAGAAGCCUUCUGUUGGGUUACCUCAGCAAAUACAACCACAGAUGCUGCCUCUUUCGUCGCAGACACUGAUGAUGAAUCUUCAUCAUGGUCAAACACAAGAAUAUGUGAUCAAACCCAAAUAUUAUCCAGUUAAAAAAGUGAUCUCAGGAGAACAGUCCACUGAGGGUUUGUUACCACUGAGGCUGGGCCAGGAUCAGCUUGCAUCACCUUUUCAGUUGGGAAAUCACACUGGUCGCAUCAAGGUGGUCUUUACACCCAGCAUCUGUAAAGUGACUUGUACCAAAGGCAACUGUCAGAACAACUGUGAGAAGGGAAAUACCACCACCCUCAUUAGUGAAAACGGCCAUGCUGCUGACACACUGACUGCCACUAACUUCCGAGUAGUUAUUUGCCACCUUCCAUGCAUGAAUGGGGGCCAGUGCAGUUCUAGAGAUAAAUGCCAGUGCCCUCCUAAUUACACUGGUAAACUUUGUCAGAUUCCCGUGCAGACUGCCAAUACACCCAAACUGUACCAUCACCCGCAACAGGUGAACAAGGCUGUAGGAUCACAAGUUAUCCACUCUACUCAUACUCUACCACUGACAAUGUCUGGACAGCAAGGUGUAAAAGUGAAGUUCCCUCCUAACAUAGUGAAUAUCCAUGUGAAACAUCCUCCUGAAGCCUCAGUUCAGAUCCAUCAAGUUUCAAGAAUUGACAGCACAUCGACAGGACAAAAAGCGAAAGUACCUCAGCCAGGACAUCCACAGGUCUCUUACCAAGGUCUUCCAUAUCAGAAGACCCAGAAAGGACAUACUACUUACACAAAUCAACAACCCAUUCCUCAUAUGUUUCCUGUUUCAGUUAAAACUCAGCUUGGGCGCUGCUUCCAGGAGACUAUUGGGACACAGUGUGGCAAAGCACUUCCUGGCCUUUCCAAGCAAGAAGACUGCUGUGGUACCGUGGGUACUUCCUGGGGUUUUAACAAAUGCCAGAAAUGUCCCAAGAAGCCAUCUUACCAUGGAUACAGUCCUGUGAUGGAAUGUCCACAAGGCUACAAGAGAAUCAAUGCUACAUUUUGUCAAGAUAUCAAUGAGUGUCAGUUACAGGGAGUAUGCCCAAAUGGCGAGUGCCUGAAUACCAUGGGCAGCUACAGAUGCACCUGCAAAAUGGGAUUUGUGCCAGAUCCUACCCUCUCCAGAUGCAUAGCUGAUAAUCCUGUUGUUGCUGACGAGAAAGGACCCUGCUACCGGUUUGUUAGUGCAGGAAAGCAAUGCAUGCAUCCUCUUUCUGUUCAGCUCAGCAAGCAACUUUGCUGUUGCAGUGUUGGCAAAGCCUGGGGCCCAAACUGUGAGAAGUGUCCACUUCCAGGAACAGCUGCUUUUAAGGAAAUCUGCCCUGGUGGAAUGGGUUAUACGGUUUCUGGUCCUCACAGAAACAAGCUAUAUCAUCACCCUGCAGUUAGAGUACAGCCACCUGUCAUUGACAAGACCCCGAUUACUCAACCUGUUGCUAAAGGUACUUCUCCUCCACCUCUCCCAGCAAAGGAAGAGCCAGUGGAGGCACUGACCUUCUCACAGAAAAGUGAGACUGAGAUGGCUGUGCAAGAAGUGGCAACUGCAUCUCCUGAUCAGGAAUUAGCUUCCUUUGAUCAAGAAAAGCAGCCUUAUCUAGAGCCUGGGCAGCCUCAGCUUUCUCCUGGAAUUUCAACAAUUAACCUGCAUCCACAGUUUCCAGUGAUUGAGAAAACAUCUCCUCCUCUGCCUGUUGAAGUAGCUCCUGAAGUCUCUACUUCAAGUGCAAGUCAAGUUAUUGCACCUACUCAAGUUACAGAAAUCAACGAAUGUACAGUUAAUCCUGAUAUCUGUGGAGCAGGACACUGUGUUAAUUUGCCUGUGGGAUACACUUGCAUCUGCUAUGAGGGGUACAAACUUAAUGAGCAGCAGACAAAGUGCUCUGAUAUUAACGAGUGUAAUCAGGCACCCCACCUCUGUUCCCUUGGACGUUGUGAAAAUACAGAAGGGAGUUUCCUAUGUAUUUGCCAGGCUGGGUUCAUGGCCAGUGAAGAUGGAACCGACUGCGUUGAUUUUGAUGAAUGUUCAAGACCUCAUACUUGUGGAGAAGGCUUUUGUAUAAAUACUGUUGGCUCAUACAGAUGUGAAUAUUGUGACAGCGGUUACCAAAUGAACAGGAGAGGUGAAUGUAAAGAUAUUGAUGAAUGCCUGACUCCAACUACUUGUCCGGAUGCGCUGUGCGUCAAUGCUCCUGGCUCUUACCAGUGCAUUCCUUGCAGAGUAGGAUUCAGAGGCUGGAAUGGACAGUGCCACGAUAUAGAUGAAUGUCAGUAUGGCAAUCUCUGUACAAAUGGCCGAUGUGAAAAUAUGGAUGGGUCUUUCAGAUGUAUUUGUGGCCAAGGUUUCAAACUUUCUGCAUCAGGGGAUCAGUGUGAAGAUAUAGAUGAAUGCCAGCAGCGAUCACUCUGUACUAAUGGACGCUGCAGGAACACAGAAGGAUCUUUCAGAUGUAUUUGUAGCCAAGGCUACGCGCUAUCAUCUACUGGAGAUCAAUGUGAAGAUGUUGAUGAAUGCCUUCAAGUUAGUGACAUUUGCCUUGGAGGAAACUGCAUGAAUACUGAAGGGUCUUACAAAUGCACUUGUCCAGAUGGUUUCCAGCAGAUAGCAAAUAGAGGAUGUCAAGAUAUCAAUGAAUGUGAGAGAUCUGACCUCUGUUCUCCUCACGGAAAGUGUCUGAACACGGAUGGCUCUUACCAGUGCAUAUGUGAACAGGGAUUUUCUGUGUCUGCAGAUGGCCGGACAUGUGAAGAUGUUGAUGAAUGUGCGAAUGGCACAAUAUGUGGCAGUCAUGGGUUCUGUGAAAAUAUGGAUGGCUCCUACCGCUGCCUCUGUUACCAAGGAUAUCAGGAUACACAGGAGGGGCGAGGGUGUACAGAUGUGAAUGAAUGUGAAAUGCUGAGUGGAGUAUGUGGCGAAGCCCUCUGUGAAAAUGUUGAUGGUUCUUUCCUCUGCCUGUGCUCUGAUGAAAAUCAGGAGUAUGAUCCAAUGACCGGACAGUGUCGCUUCCGUACCUCACCAGAAUUACCAAUAGAGGCUGAUCAACAUGAAGAUGGAAAGAAGGAGUGUUACUACAAUCUGAAUGAUGCUAAUUUCUGUGACAAUGUGCUCACGUCCAAUGUAACCAAACAAGAAUGCUGCUGUACCUUGGGUGCUGGCUGGGGUGAUAACUGUGAAAUCUUCCCAUGCCCUGUCUUUGGAACUGCUGAAUUUACUGAUUUGUGUCCUGAAGGAAAAGGUUUCAUUCCCUCUGGAGAAUCAUCUUACGGGCUUCUUGCUCAGAACUACAAAGAUGCUGAUGAAUGCCAACUCUUUGGACAGGAGAUCUGUAAAAAUGGCUUCUGUUUGAAUACGCAGCCAGGUUAUGAGUGCUACUGCAAACAAGGCACAUACUAUGACCCUGUUAAGCUCCAGUGUUUUGACACCGAUGAAUGUCAGGACCCAAACAGCUGUAUUGAUGGCCAGUGCAUUAACACAGAAGGAUCUUACAACUGUUUCUGUACACACCCAAUGGUUCUCGACGCAACAGAAAAGCGAUGCAUCAGACCAGCAUAUUCAAGUGAACAAACUGAAGAAACUGAAGUCUACCAGGAUCUUUGCUGGCAGCAUCUAAGUGAUGAUUUUGUUUGUAGUCGACCUCUGGUUGGAAAGCAGACUACAUAUACUGAGUGCUGUUGUCUGUACGGUGAAGCUUGGGGAAUGCAGUGUGCACUGUGUCCUAUGAAAGAGUCAGAGGAUUAUGCCCAGCUGUGCAACAUUCCUGUUCCAGGAUCUCGACAGCCAUAUGGACAAGAUGCUUUGGUUGACUUCGAGGAGCACUACACUCCAGAAACCAAUCCAUACUUUGUUGAAGACCGUUUUCUGAACAGCUUUGAGGAGUUACAAGCAGAGGAAUGUGGUAUUCUGAAUGGAUGUGAAAAUGGUCGAUGUGUAAGAGUCCAGGAAGGCUAUACCUGUGACUGCUUUGAUGGGUACCACCUGGACAUGGCCAAAAUGACUUGUGUUGAUGUGAAUGAGUGCAGUGAGCUGAACAACAGGAUGUCUCUCUGCAAGAAUGCCAAAUGCAUUAACACCGAAGGUUCGUACAAGUGUUUGUGUCUCCCAGGGUACGUCCCUUCAGACAAGCCAAACUACUGCACACCACUGAACUCAGAACUAGACAGUGAACUGGAGUAGAGGAAAACCUCCAUAUCCUAAGCCCAUAUACUCUGCACUGUAUAAAGAAAAGGAAGAAAAGUAUUUAACUUGUGAAGAGGAGGCACCAGAGUAGCAAACAUAAGAGGAGAAAAGCAUUAAAAUGUGUCAAAAGGUGAGACAUGAUGGGCUGAUUGUAAAUCAGCUUCACUGAAGUGACAGACCAAAAGGACACAUUACUCUGUAUGAAAGAAACAAUCAAGUAUAUAGUGUGUUCAUAAGAAAAAAAAAUAUCUUUGAAAAUAAGCAAAAACAGUGCUGUUAUUUUAAACAGAAGAGCUUUUGGUUUUUGGUUUUUUUUGUUUGUUUGUUUGUUUUACUAUUGCUUGAUUAAUUUGGCAUUUAAAUAGUGAUGGAAAUAUUUUAUAUUACUAUGUCAGUUUUUGAUUGUUCAGUUCCUUGCCUACUGUUUCUUUACAGACCUUUUUUCUGAUCAGUACAAAUUCUAUGAUACAGAUAUUCUUAGGCCAUUUUAUAAGAACUGUUACAAGGGGUAAUGCUCCUCCUUCUCUGGAACAUUGGUCAGUGACUUUUUUUUUAAUUUGCUAAUUGUCUGCCCUGUGGAGCAGGCACCAUUUUUUUCAAAUGUUUAUAUACCUUGGCGAAAAGUCCUUAUAUUCAUUUUGUAUUCUGUAUGGUUGUUACUGCACUUAAAGUUUUUAGAACCUUUCUUGCCAAGUUCAAAGCUGCUAGUGGACAAUAUUGGAUUCCUUUUGUACAUUAAAACAAAAGAUUUGAGCUCACGUCUGUAUUGUAAUGUGUAAAUUGAACACAAGAGAGAUCUUGUAUGAUUACCCUAACAUAUUAAAGCUGUAUAUUAAAACUCAAUAAAAUCACCUUUUUUUUUAGAAAAAAAAAAAAAAAGCUGUUUACUAAUUGUAGGCGUUCUUUUUUCUUUUAUUGGUGUUUUUAUGUUACAAGAAUCAAGCCCUCAGGUAUUUACAGUACUAGAAUUAAUUUACAUUACAAUAGUUAGAGAGAGCUGGCUGGCUGGUUUUUCCUUCUCAUGCUGUUUUAAUAAGACCAGAAUCUGAAUUAGUUCAUGCCUGAAGUUAGGCUUCCAGAGGGAAGGUUUUAAACACCGACCUACAGAAACUGUUUCACUUGGAAGCUGAUUCCCAUGGAAUUUUUUUCUUUUCUGGUUUAGGCAUAUUUCCCACUAAAUCUGCAAAUAAGGCUCUUCAGUGUGAUGGCCUAGUUUUAAGAAAUACUUGAGAGAAGGGGGAGAAUUUCCUUUUCUUGAUGAACUGUACCUUCCCAUCAGCUCUGUUUUUCAGUAGAAGGAGAGAAGGAGAUGAGGAGACUGACAGAUGUUUCACUUUGACCUUCUCCAGAGUGAAAAGAGUUUGCUUUGGAAAUCCCCAAACAGGUCCUUUUGAUAUUUUCCAAAUGAAAUAUUUUUGCUGUGUCUUUUAGACCUGCCCUGUAUUAAAAGGAAAAGGAUAACGUGCGUCUUUAAAAAGUGGGUCAAAUUUCAUCCAAUUGUCUGAAAAUUAGAUUUUUAUUUCUCAUUUCACCAAAAGAAAGAAAUAUUUGACUUGGUUCUGAAUCAAAUUCUUUUUCCAAUAUUUAGGUCAGCCACUGAACCAAAAAUAUCCUAAGUUGUAUUCCUUUCAAUACUUUUGACGCACUCAGUCAAUCUCAUUAAAGUUCAUGUGCCUGUUAACGUGCAGGAGCAACUGUCCUUCCCAGGGCCCCUUCUCUCCGUCUGCUGGAAUUUGACACUAGGACUAGUGAAUAUAUUGUAUGUUUAAGAUCAGAUGGUAUCUUAAAAUGCAAGAAAAAUUCCGUAGUAAAUCUGGGGAGGGAUAUGGAUCUUUAAAGAAGAGACCCUCUGCAAUGUGCCCAUCUGCCUUGAUUUUUCCAGAAUUAAGCUGGAGAGGGGUAGAGGGCAAGUCACUCCUCUUGGUCAGAAGAGGUAGCCAGCAAACACUACU